ACUCCAAUAUUUUUGUCUUCCCAUUCCUGCCCAACCUGCGCACCCCUCUCUAAGUCCCAGAUUCGAAAUGACCCAUCCCAUGAGUAGGUGAUGAUCUGCUGUCCACCGGGUAGGUGUAGGAUGUGUUUGGUGCUGGCAUCUACUUUGAUCUUUCGAAAGACGAAUGCGGAAAAAAGCUGCGACAGAGUGAGCGUUUCGUUCACUGGAGAUUCAAGCCAAGAAGAGGCGGUUGCCCAAGUCGUAUACAGAUGUUCGCUCCACAGCUCCAGCAGUUUAAGCGCCCACGGCGUCACGGUCCCACUAUUCCGUAAACCCGCAUCCUUCUCCACUCGCUCAUUGCGAUUCUGCGAUUGUUGUAUUUAUCUUUCUCUCAAUAUUUUCGUCGAGAAUCUAACUGGACUCCUCUCCCCGACCUCGGUUCUCAAUGUCCUACAUGAUCUUUUCUUCUUCUUCGUCUCCCUACUAAAUCGCAAUCUGGCCAUAACGAUUACGAUUUUCGUGGAUGAGGCUAUUCAUCCUCGUCAGUACGUUGUCUGCACUCAUAUUUUUAAUACUCGAAAUUGCAUUGCCGGUGCACAAACGCUCUUUGCCAUUCAGCAAAAUCUCGAAUGUGGAAGGGAAAAGGCUGUCAACAACACCAUGAAGCGCGAUACGACGACCCACGUCUUGGGACCUACCUCGCGCAUGAUCAGCGAUUGGGAACAAUUCUCCACAAGCGGUUUCGGUGAAACGAGCACAACUGCCCCGUCACUGCAACACUCCUUGACACCGACAGGGACGGUGAGAUCUACUUAUGCCAUACACAAAUUGGUGAAGGUCAAGGGCAACACGAGCUCGCGAGCAUGCACAUAACGCGGGUCGACGAGGCUUUCAUUUGUGGCUGGUCUGAUGCAGACCCAGUUCCGAGCCCUGGUCUGCCAUAUUUAGGCUGGAUGCGCUGCCCGCGAACGAGGCUAUCGAUCGGCUCAUCGUCGAGUAGACGUAUACACGCCAGCAGUGCUACACGACGUCUCCCAGUGACUGCAUAUUACCCCGCCCCUAGU